AGCAAACGACCUCUCUCUCUCUCUCUCUCUCUCUCUCUCUCUCUCUCUGCCUCUUCGCUGUAAAUGAACUUCUGUAGAAAUCUUUUAACUUAAACAAAAAGCUUGAUUUUGGUGAUGGGUUAAGAAGCAAAGAUCAUGGUGACGAAGGCAGAGACAGUGGGGGUCGUGGAAGAGACCCAUCAUUUCUACUGAUUCUUCUCCGUAGAGGAAGUAUAGAAACUCUCAGGACCAGUUCAAGGCCCGUCCUUUCUUUGAUCCUUGAUAGAUUUUAGCCAUGAAGAGACCCAGGAGUUCAGACUCUGUGACUGGAGUUGGAUUCUUUGUUUCAGGGGACUUGUACGCUGUAAAGCUUCCAACGAUUCUAGAUGGGGUGGAGGAGGACGAAGAAGAAGAGGGACUUUUCUCCGGCGAACUUCCCUUGGCGGCUGGUGAAAAAAAGCGUCGUCUGAGCUUAGAGCAGGUAAGGGCCUUAGAAAAGAACUUUGAGGUGGAGAACAAGUUGGAUCCGGAGAGAAAGGUCCGGAUCGCCCUUGACCUCGGUCUGCAGCCGCGACAAGUCGCAGUUUGGUUCCAGAACCGCCGCGCUCGGUGGAAGACGAAGCAGCUCGAACGCGACUACGCUGCUCUCCGAACUAGCUACGAUGCUCUCGCUAUCGACUGCGAUUCCCUCCGCCGCGAUAAAGAAAUCCUCCUCGCAGAGGUCAAGGAGUUUAAAACAAAGCUGGGGUUGACGGAGGAGGAGUCUGAGAGUAAAGCAGCUCCGGUCGAGGAUCCGCAGCCCCAGACGGCGAUGGGGGCGGCGGUUACAUACAAGGAUGGAUCAUCUGAUAGCGACUCCAGCGCGGUGGUCUACGACGAAAACAGCCCGUAUCAUUGUGGAGCACCGUUGCUGCCGGAGCUCCAUCGCCGACCGACCGAACCAGAGGAGCCACAGAGCUUGAUGGUGGGCGGCGGCGCUUUUGAUUUCCAGCUGAGCUCGGAAUGGAGAAUUCAAAGAAGCUUCUUUCCAAAGGAGGAGCAUAACUUUUUAGCUGGAGAAGAGCAUUCAAGUGAUUUCUUUCCAGAAGAACAAAACCCGGUUUUUACCUGGUAUGGCUCCGAUCACUGGAGCUGAAUGCCUGGACUGGGAAGUUGAUUGCUUAGUUAAGUGAGAAAAGCUUCGUAGUCCUAGAUUAUGAAAGAUCGCCGUUUAUAUUUGAAAACUAUGGAUGUGGCCUUUCUAAGAGAAAAAAGUAAAAAGUUUGUACAGAGUUUUGUUCUUAAUUAAGAGGAUCAGAGAUGAACUAGUACAAGUACUGAAACCGUAGUGGAGAAGAGAUAAAGGUGUAUUGAGUUCAACUUCUAUGCAGCUUGUCUUACUCCAUUGGUUGGAGCCUUCAAUCAAGAGAUUUUAUAAAUUCAAAUCUUUUAUAUA